ACAACUUUAAUAUAAGGCGUUGUUGCGUUACCACCGAGAGUACAAGGCCAAACAACUGGGCUCUGAAAAGCCUGUGACGUCACGCAGAAUAGGCCUAUGCAUGUUCUUAUUGAGUUUCGCGAUGACUGGCUGCCAAAAGAACCACGCCACCAUUUCUCUGGGGUGUUGUCAUAUCUAGGUAUGAUAUAGCAGUAUCGAAAUCUCUACUAAUUAGUUGUUCCUUUCUGUGGGCGAAUUUGCAAGAUGUACUCGGGGCCUGCGCAGCUUCAGUGAUGAUGUGAUUAUUUUUUCUGAUCUGCCUCAGUAUGUAAAGAAUAGAUUUUCGAUACUACGUUCAAUCUGUCACUUGUGUCUAAUAUUCCAUUCAAAAUUGGUUAUGUGGCAACCUUGCCAACUAACCUCACAUUCUGAGCUAUGCUAUGUAAACUGAAAAUUAUUGAUGUUUUAAACUUAUAUUUGUGUCUCGCGAUUGUUUAGCUAAGUUUUCAAAAUGCCUUACAAGUACACGUAUUUUCGUUUUCGUUGAACGAAAACUGUCGUAAAAGAUGGCUCAAUACAAUCCCUCGUAGUGAUUUAGUGGUUACCCGAGUAUGUAAUUUGCACUUUGCUGAGGACAGCAUCAUUUGGGAAUCCACCUUCCAUGACGAAAAGACAGGUCAAGCAGAAAAAGCCGAGAUGAGAAAUUGAGUGACAAGGAACAAGAACAACUACUUAAAGCACUGCAAACUAGCA